AUGUUGAUGUUAAGAAAAGUGUUCCGAGUUGGGAGAAAAAGUGCUUUGCAGGAUCGCUUGCUUGAUCAUUUUGGUGUGGAUGUGGGCGGCGAUGCAGAUGAGGAUGCUGUAAGCGUCAGUGGUUCAUCCAAUUACCAAGAAGCGAUUCCACCAAGUAGCUCAAGAUUUACUUUACGCGAUAUUCAGGACAGUGUGUCUUCGUUUUCGGGCUCCGAACAAGAGGACGUCAAUCACUGGCUGUCCGAAUUCGAUGAUGUGGCUAUUACGGUAGGCUGGGAUAGUUUGCAGAAAAUUAUUUAUGCCAACCAGCUUCUGAUUGGAGCAGCCAAGCUUUACAUCAGAAGCAUAAGCGGUGUUAGGGGUUGGAACGAGCUAAAAGAAGCAUUGAAGGAACAAUUUGGGAAAAAAUUAUGUUCGGCGGAGAUUCAUAAGAUAUUGCGGCAGAGGCAGAAGCAGCAAAAAGAAACAUGCAUUGAAUAUCUUUACAGUCUUAUGGAGAUAAGCAAGCCGAUUAAGCUCGAUGAGGAAAGUUUGGUUUCAUACUUCGUAGAUGGUAUACCAGAUAGCAAAGUAAACAAGGCAGGGCUGUAUCGCGCAAAAUCCAUUAGGGAACUGAAGGACGAAAUAUAUAUUUACGAGAAGAUGAAGGGCAAGGGAAAUAUAAAAGAAAAUGUUAACAAGGAAGCGGCAAAUAAGCAGAAUCAGGGUAUAUUUCAAAGAAAAUGUUUUAAAUGCAACAGCGAGGGCCACAUUGCAAAAGACUGCAAGGGUGAAGUAGUUUGUUACAACUGCAACAAGAAAGGACACAUCUCGAAACAAUGUCAAGAGAAUAAAUCAAAAGCUUGCGUUAAGCAUGAGCCGGCUAAUGUGCUAGAAGUUAAAGCUGCAAAGGGCUUAAUUUACAAAAUGCUGAAAGUAAAGGACGUGACAUUUGUAGCCAUGAUUGAUUCAGGAUGCGGUAUUGGCAAGGGCGAGUUGGUAACAAUAGGAUCUUUCAACGUCGACCUCGAAUCAGACGAUGUAUGCUUUUCGGUGACUUUUCAUGUGGCCAAACAGCAUGAACUGGAGUAUGCUGCGAUUGUAGGAAACGAUGAUCUGCAAUCCGUUGACCUUAUGUUCACCUCAAAUGGAGUCAAAUUUAUAUCGAAAGAGAGUUCGCAUCUACAUUUAAAGAGUCAAAAACUAAAUUUAGAGCAGCUUGUUACAGGGUAUAAGCCGGUAAAAUCAAUUGAUUCACCUGUGAGCAUGAAAAUUGUUUUGGAAGACGACAAUCCAGUUUAUCAGCGCCCAAGACGCACAUCGUAUGAGAACAAGUGCUUUAUUGAGAAGCAAGCGCAGGAAUGGCUGGCAGAAGGAAUUAUUGUGCCCAGCUCCUCAGAGUAUGCAUCCCCAGUUGUACUAGUUGCAAAAAAGGACGGAUCCAGAAGAUUUUGCUGUGAUUACCGACGACUAAAUCAAAAAAUCAAGAAAGACAAUUUUCCGAUGAGUUUAAUUGACGACGUUCUCGACAGGUUGCAAGGAUCAAAAAUAUUUUCUACUCUCGACAUGAUGAACGGAUUCUAUCAUGUACCGAUUGACGAACAAUCCAGGAAGUUUACAGCGUUCGUGACGCAUAACGGGCAGUACGAAUUCACGCAUGUACCGUUUGGUAUCUCAAACUCUCCUGCUGUAUUCUGCCGAUACUUAACAGCUACAUUGAGGGAUCUCAUACAAAGUCAAUCUAUAGUAGUAUACAUGGACGACAUAAUCGUGCCAAGUAAGGACGAAAACGAGGGUCUGCUGGCGUUGGAAAAAGUUUUGAAAGUAGCUUCAAAAGCUGGAUUACGCAUCAAAUGGGAAAAAGCGCAAAUUUUGAAGAGCAAGAUCAAUUUUCUAGGUUACACUAUUGAGAACGGAACCAUAGCACCAA